AUGAGGAUGAAAACAAAUUGUCAUCCAUGUUAUUCUCUUUGUUUGGAUCCAGCUCGACCGUUAGUGAGUGAGUUCGGUUCCCGACGGUUCCGUCUGACCCGGGAAGACGCGCAUGUGGUCCACGUGCUGCACACCAAUGCCGGCUUCCUGGGGGAGAGCGGCCCCGUAGGGCACGCUGACUUCUGCAUCAAUGGCGGGCAGAGGCAGCCCGGGUGCAAGGGACAUCUCAUGCGUAUAUCCCGAUGCAGUCACUUUAUGAGUUCGUGUUACUUCGCGGCGAGCGUGCGUCGCCGUCUGCACAUAGACGCUAUACCCUGCGACAGUUCGUGUCCUAAACAGGGCCGUUGGGGACUGCGUAUGGACAGGAGAUCAGUGUUGUUAGGCAACGACAUACCCGAUACGGCUCGAGGAAUGUAUUGUGCGCAAGUAGACAAUGAAGAGAAUUGUCCUUUCGAUUAAUCAAAACAAAGAUUUAUUAUUGACAGUACAAAUAUACAAAUAUCUAUUAAUUACAAAAAUAAUUAAGUUAAGGG